AAGACCGAACUGAUCAGGAGGGUCUGGGAAGACAAGAGCCGGCUGCCCCCAGGCUCAGCAGACAGCUGGUAGAGGGGGUACAGCAGGACGUCUCAAGGGACUCUCAGGAUGAACACUACUUGACAUACUCAGUUCUCCCCGACCUGUCUGACUCCUACUGGCCUUACAGGAGCACCACCAUCUUCCUACCCGAGGAACUGGAAGUCUGUUCCUCUCUGGAAGUGACCAAAAAUCAAUUCCACCAUGAGGAGGAAGAAGACCAGGACCAGGCAUGCCCCAGGUUCAGCAGGGAGCUGCCAGUGGUGGAAGAGCAGGACAACCCAUGGGACUCACUGGAUGAAUGCUAUAUGAUUUCCUCAGCAUUUCCUGACCUGUCUGACCCCCACGGGAAUUCUAGGAGGGCUGACAUUAACUCUUUCCAAAAUCUGGACAUCUGUUCUCCUCUGGAAGCAGCUCAAAAUCAUAAUGAUCUUUUGGAGGAAGACCAAGACUGGAUAUGCCCCAGUCCUCCCUGUCACACCAGGUUCCCCAGGGAGCUGCCAGUAGCAGAAGGGAAUGAAGUCCCACAGGACUCACUGGACGAAUGUUAUUUGACUUCUUCAGUUGGCCAUGACCUGCCAGACACCUGGAGGCCGUAUACAAGUGCCUCAUCCAUAUUUGAUACCCUGGAAACUUUCUUGGGUCUGGAUGUAGAUG